UUUUGAAAAAAUAUUCACAACGUGAGUUGCCAAAAUGAAAGACGUCUCCGGUUUUUUAAGCGAACAGCAAAGUAGUUCGAGUCCGGAGGUAGCCGCCGAAUGGGCUAAGCUUGAAGAACUGUAUAACAAAAAACUUUGGCAUCAGCUGACAUUACAUCUUCUCGUCUUUGUCAAAAAUCCAUGUUUUGAUCAAGGUGAUGGAUUAUUACAGUUGUAUGAACAUUUCCUUUCCGACUUUGAACAUCGGAUAAAUGCUCUAUCGCUUACAGAGUUGGUAGUUAUCAUCAUCAAACAAAUUAAAGACCCUGAUGAAUCAGUUGCAUUCCUUGAAAAAAUAAAAGAGAAGGUCAAGGCAAAUGAAGAAGCAGUUAUAUUAUGCAUGACAGCCAUGGCUAUUAUUAAGCUGCGGACUGGGAAAUUAGAGGAAUGCAAGGUAAUUGUAUUAGAAGCAGGUAAAUUACUUGAGAACAUUGAUGGUGUAACAACUGUACACAGUAGAUAUUAUGAUGUCACCAGUAAUUGUCAUAAAUUAAUGGGUUCCCAUGCAGACUACUAUCGUGAAGCUUUACGAUAUCUAGGAUGUAUAAAUGUUGAGGAUAUACCUUCUGAUGAACAGAAAGAUAGAGCUUUCAAUCUUGGGCUAGCAGCAUUAUUAGGAGAUGGUGUAUAUAAUUUUGGAGAACUUUUGGCUCAUCCUGUCUUGGACUCGUUGAAAGAGACUGACAAAAUCUGGCUGGUUGACUUGCUGUUUGCUUUUAAUAGUGGUAACUUAGAAAGAUACGAGUCUCUCAAACCACAGUGGAAACAACAGCCUGAUCUUGCAGCUAGUGAGAUGAAUCUACGGCAAAAAAUCUCCCUACUUUGCUUAAUGGAGAUGACUUUUACAAGACCAGCCAAUCACAGAAAUCUUGCUUUUGAUGAAAUUGCAAAGGAAGCUAGGUUGCCUGUUGGUGAGGUUGAACAUUUAGUCAUGAAAGCGCUAUCAUUAGGUUUGGUUAAAGGUUCCAUUGAUGAGGUUGAUAAAAAAGUGCACAUGACAUGGGUCCAGCCACGAGUACUAGAUCUGCAACAGAUUGCAGGUAUGCAGCAGCGAUUGCAGCAUUGGUGUACAGACGUACAAAAUAUGGAAAUGAUGGUAGAGGUCAAAGCGCAAGAUAUACUUACGUAGUUUUUAACAACACUCUUCGUUCAUUUAAAAUAGUUCUAUUUUGGUCCUAAGAUUCUGUAACUUUAUUGUGAGUUACAAAUUGUGGAAUUUAUUGCAUAAAUUAUGUUAACACACAAUUGAAAUAGGAAGACUGUCUGGGUUCUUGUUUUGGCAAUGUUGUCAUCAUUGUUGUGUAUCGCUUGUUUGUAUUCCAGAGUAAACGUGUAUUUUCUUCACGCAGAUUAUCCAAGACUGUUCAUGUAACUAUUACGUUCCUUUGACCCCUAAUAACAUACAUUUAAAUUGAAUAUUCUCACCUGUGUAUUAUUACUCUGUUUAUAUUUAAAUUGUUCUGAUUGGCCUAAGGAAUGUCAAGCCAGACCCAAGAUAACAGCCUCACUCUGAUUGGCCAAGAUAAAACUAGACAGUAGCCAUGUUUCAAUUGGUCAGAAAGAAUGCAAAGCUCUGCACUAGGUAGUAGUCCCAUUCUGAUUGGCUAAGAGAAUUGACAAGACGUAGAUAGUAAUAAAACUGUUAACAAAAAUAUUUAAGUCAUUUUUCUCUCCCAUAUACGUUUUUGUAUCGUCACUUGGCAUGAUAUUGAUGUAAUUCUUACAAAGUUCAAUAAACUGUUAUUUCUAUUGCCUAGAUUGCCUUGCUGUGAAAUGAACGAGAAAGUAAGAUUUUUUUGUUGUCCUUAUGCACCAUGUGUGAAUACAUUGUUUAAAAUUUGAAAAAGUCAGUUGGUAUAAAGUUAAUGGAUUAAUAAACAUUGAAGUACACACAAAC